CCGCAACAGAAUGGAACACGGCUGGCAUCGAGAUCUCAACGGCCUUCCAUAUAUACGCGGACGCCCCACCACCCCGUGGAACCGCAAACAGUCGUACGUAGCCCGAGACGAUCGAUCGAGAAGCCAUGGCGACGGACGACGCCGCAGCCGCGGCAGCAGCAGCGGCCGCCGCAGCCCAUGACGCCGACGCGGUGGAGACGGGCAACCUCCUCCGGCGCCGCAACGUCGGGAGCAAUGACGACGGGGAGGCGGCGGAGGAGGAGGCCUCCGUGGAGCGGGCCUUCUUGGACAAGCCGGUGCCGACGUGGCGGGAGCAGCUGACAGUGCGCGCCUUCGUGGUGGGCUUCCUCGUCGCCGUCAUGUUCAGCAUCAUCGUGAUGAAGCUCGGCCUCACCACCGGCAUCAUCCCGUCGCUCAACGUCUCCGCCAGCCUCCUCGGCUUCUUCCUCGUCCGCCUCUGGACGUCGGCCAUCGAGAGGAUGGGCUUCCUCAAGCAGCCCUUCACGCGCCAGGAGAACACCGUCAUCCAGACCUGCGUCGUCUCCGCCUACGGCAUCGCCUUCAGCGGUGGGUUUGGCAGUUACCUGUUUGCUCUGAGCGACACCAUAGCUAAGCAAGCAACAGAGGCUAACGAUGCUCUGAACAUCAAGAAUCCCCAUCUCGGAUGGAUAAUAGGAUUUCUGUUCCUUGUCAGCUUUGUCGGGCUUUUCGCUCUAGUGCCCAUGAGAAAGACUAUGAUUGUGGACUACAAGCUGACGUAUCCGAGUGGCACUGCAACUGCUUACCUUAUCAAUGGAUUCCACACACCCCAGGGUGCCGAGCUUGCAAAGAAGCAAGUUCGUACAUUGGGCAAGUACUUCUCGAUGAGCUUCGUUUGGGCCUUCUUCCAAUGGUUCUACACUGCUGGGAAUGACUGUGGAUUCAGUUCCUUCCCAUCACUUGGCCUUGAAGCUUACAAGAACAGGUUCUAUUUUGAUUUCUCGGCUACUUACGUUGGUGUGGGAAUGAUCUGCCCCUACAUUGUCAAUGUAUCUCUUCUGAUUGGAGGCGUCUUGUCGUGGGGCAUAAUGUGGCCACUCAUAAGCAGCAAGAAAGGAAGUUGGUAUCCUGACUCUCUUCCAGAGAGCAGUCUACAUGGACUGCAGGCUUACAGGGUGUUCAUAACCAUAGCAGUAAUCCUUGGGGACGGCCUGUAUAACUUCCUGAAGGUAUUUGGCAAAACAGUGAAGGCUUUCUACGGGAUGUAUAAGGAGAAGAAAUCGAAAUCACUUCCUGUCUCUAACAACGGAACUCCUGUCGCCGCCGUGGAAGCUGAGUCUUUUGAUGACAAACGCCGCACUGAACUGUUCCUGAAGGAUCAAAUUCCCAAGAGAGUUGCAAUUGGGGGUUAUGUCAUUAUUGCAGCAAUAACGACUGGUUGCCUUCCGCUCAUCAUCCCACAGCUCAAGUGGUACCACAUUUUGGUUGCAUAUGUCUUUGCGCCUAUCCUGGCUUUCUGCAAUGCCUAUGGAUGUGGCCUGACCGACUGGUCCCUGGCCAGCACCUAUGGUAAGCUUGGAAUCUUUGUGUUCGGUGCUUGGGCAGGCGCUUCGCACGGUGGCGUGCUCGUCGGGCUCGCCGCCUGCGGUGUCAUGAUGAACAUUGUGGGAACAGCUGCUGACCUGAUGCAAGACUUCAAAACCGGGUACUUGACUUUAGCCUCACCAAGGUCCAUGUUCAUCAGCCAGGUGGCAGGCACUGCCAUGGGCUGUGUUAUCGCCCCCUGCGUCUUCUGGCUCUUCUACAAGUCCUUCGACAUUGGUGUCAGCGAUAGCGCUUACCCAGCACCUUAUGCCAUCAUGUACCGCAACAUGGCGAUCCUGGGUGUCGAUGGCUUGUCGGUUCUCCCGAAGAACUGCCUCAUGCUAUGCUACAUUUUCUUUGCGGCUGCAUUCGCCAUCAAUCUCCUGAAAGACUGUGUGCCCGCGAAGGUGGCGAAGUUUGUCCCGAUCCCCAUGGCGGUCGCGAUCCCGUUCUACCUUGGACCAUACUUCGCCAUGGACAUGUGCAUCGGCAGUGUGAUACUCUUUUGCUGGGAAUGGAUGAACAAGGCUGAGGCGCAGGCGUUCGCACCGGCAGUUGCAUCUGGCUUGAUGUGCGGCGACGGGAUUUGGGCCCUGCCACAGGCCUUUCUUUCUCUUGCCAACGUGAACCCUCCAAUCUGCAUGAAGUUCUUGUCAAGGGCCACCAAUGCCAAAGUGGAUGCAUUCCUAGGGAACUAGUCAUAGCUGUUGAAAUAGCGUCAGAUUGUUUUGUUAUGAAGUCGAGUAGUGAUGGCUUGUCUAAAUAGUGUUAGAUACUUUCUUUUGAUAUUUAUUAUAGAUAUAGAUUAUAAGCAUAAUCGGUGUGUAAAGAUAGCUGCUGCUAUGUAAAGUAAUUUCUUAGUUUGCUUCUAGAAGUAUCUCCUGCUGUAAACAAUUCACUGCUUUAUAAUACUGCAAAUUGUCCUAUUGGC